GGAUCGGUUUUCAUCACCUGUCCAUGUGAACCAGUAAUGGAGGACAAUUUGGUCGAUAAGUUGGAUAUACUGCCGCAAAGCCGGUAGGUAACAUGAUAUCAUCACAUAUAUACUUAACCCUACGACCCUUCCUACUAUCAUGUCUGAUAAACCAGCCUACGCUGCGCUCUCGGCCGAACCGGACUCAGAACCUGAGAUGCCUCUGCUGAGCUAUCAUGACUCAGUUUGCGAGGAUAAGAAAUCGAAGGUUCUCAGGCGGAUUCAUUGGGUCAUUCAUGGCUUCAGCGUUAUUGGGAUGCUUGUGCUUUUCAUUAGUCUUUACUUGGCUACCCAAAUCAACCAGGGGAAGUGCUGGAGUAUGUUCAACUACUAUUCUCCGGUGAAUGAUGCGGUUACUCCACAUCCAUAUGUUCAUCGAGUCUUCAACGGCUCACUUUGGCAUCAGAGCCGUUGGAAGGGGCCACCUACUGAGGAGGUAGAGCAGGCAUGGUACGAUAUUAUGAGAUAUGGCAUGAUUAGUGUCUCCAAGGAAGACAUCUUGAAGGUGCAACACCCGGACUGGUCCGCUCAGUUCCCAUCCGAAGCCGGUGGCGGCUAUAUUGCAGCGACCAUCGGGACGCAUCAGUUGCACUGCUUGCACUACAUCUGGCAAGAUCACUAUAUAGAUUACUUCCCCAAGACACAAGACAAGAAGCAGCGUGUGCCCGAAAUGUAUGAGCGUCACUACGAACACUGCGUUGAUUACAUCCGUCAGAGCCUUAUGUGUCAGUUUGACACCGGCAUCAUACCCUAUAACUGGGUCUUGGACCACGAAAAUCCGACCCCCAACGCCAACACGCACCACAAAUGCGUCGACUGGGAUGCUCUUCAGGCUUGGUUCGAAAAAAGACGAGUUCAGGUACCUGAAGGAUUCGAAUGGAGACAGCCAGAGAACGCUGUUUCGAUGGAUUGGAACCCUUAGGCAGGGGCAAAUCAUGAAAAUAAGCUGAAAAGAGACCUCUGUGGUGAUUGGAUUAGGAGGGACGACCCGAUCCGAGCCCUACAUCAAUACAGAAUAUUAGGUCGAUUAGCAAGGUUGGGCGAGGAGGAGAGGAGAAGGCUGGCUUUACCGGCUCCUUCACUUCCACGGGAGUAAGAAUACUAGUAUUGGUCAGGUGUACCUAUAUAAUUAUGCGCCAUAGGGAUUUGCUUACGUUCAUCCACGUCUUGUACUCGUCAGUGAGAUAAAAAAAAACUUUUAAGUCUUCAAUGCAGUAUUAGUACUUGGACGGUAACUAGCAGCACUUGAAUAUGACGUAUU